UGUUUCACUUUUCCUCUUUCCCCAUAGGCUGCCACACAGUGCGAGUUCACUAGACAGGAGUUUGUAGAAGGGAUGACCAGAUUAGGGUGUGAUUCCAUUGAUAAACUCCGUAAAAGGUGUGAGACCAUUGAUCGGGAGAUACAGGACUCACAACAGUUCAAGGACUUCUACCAAUUUACGUUUAAUUUUGCCAAAAACCCGGGGCAGAAAGGACUAGAUCUUGAGAUGGCCAUUGCCUACUGGAAUUUUAUUUUUACUGGUCGCUUCAAAUUUUUGGACUUGUGGUGUGAAUUUUUAAAAUCUCAUUAUAAAAGAGCAAUACCCAAAGACACUUGGAACCUUCUGCUAGAGUUUUCAAACACGAUUGAUGACACCAUGAGCAAUUAUGAUGAAGAUGGUGCUUGGCCAGUCCUUAUUGAUGAAUUUGUGGAAUAUGCUAGACCUUUAAUAACUAAUGCUACAACACCAGCUGCUAGUAGUAACAGCUAGUAAUAAUUAAUUAUAUUAAUUGAUGAUAAUAUGCAGCAAUAACUGAUACUCAUACACAAUUAUGUGCUAGUAGAAUUAAUGAACCAGUCAAAUAUUAGAGACACUAUACUGUAAUACACACACACACACACACACCAAUGUCUAUUUUUAUCUUAAUACUCCUCUCUUUCCUUUCUCUUUCUCACUUUCCUGGAAUUAUUAUUGUGUUGUGAAUGACCAUUCCCAGAACUCUA